AUGAACGUCUUACAUUUCUUUUUACAGAAAUUCUCAGUCCUUCCCAAUUCCAAUAUACUGUUCACACCAGCUGUUAUAGAAACAUUUUGCCGUAUUUUAGCCUGUCGUGAAGUGGAAUCAAACAGCGUGAAUAGGAUUCUAUGUCUAUUAACUAAACUACAACCAUUAUGGUCUUACAAUACCGCAAAUACGGAACCCAAAAGUACUGUUUUAUGUUCGACCACUGAUGCAAAAGUCACCAACUACUUUACAUGUUCACUUGUUUACACAUUGCUCGAUACAUUAGGGUUCCGUCUUGCGGAUAUACUUACACCUGAGGUUCGAAUUCAUGCUCUUACUUCGUUAAUAAGCUUAGUGAAAUUAUGGUCCAAUUGGUGUACAUCUAUUCUUGAUAACAGAGAAUCUAAAAGUCUUUGUGAUGUGGCAACUAGUGAAAUUCCUAUUGAACUACAAUAUUUGUAA